UGAAUGUACAGCGCAGUGUUUCCACGUGAGGAGAGUUAUAACAUCGGACGUUUUCGGAGAUGGAUAGUUUCAACCCCGCCUGGUGCUUACUAAAAGUUCAUUCACGUGGAACGGGAACGGAAAGUUGCGCAAAACUGUUUUGAAAGGAGCACGUUUUAAAAUGUCUCAAAGUUUGAAUGCUCACCGGUGCACGAGUUGUUUUGGUUUGACAUCCAGCAUCGACCGCGCCGAUUAAUUCUGCGAACGUUCAGAUAUACCUGCCAAACGCGUAAACGUUUUUUUUAACAAUAUUAUUUAAGUUCGAAGACUGAAUCACAAUGGAUUUGUUUUAAUAUCAAAUGUUUUUGUUUCUUUCUGAGGCAUGACCAUUAAAAAUUCCCAAAAUGAACAACUUUUCUUCAAAACAUCUAUUGCAAACUACUGUACGAUGCAACAGGGAUCAACUUGGGUGAAGAAAUGCUUAAUUUCUGGUAAAACAGCAGAAGAAAGAUAAAACCUACAUGGCAUUGGAUGCAUUAAUGAUUUUUAAGGCUUUCUUGACUUUAUCACAAUGUCCCAUUGCAUGAAUAUUGUGAUUUUACUUUUCCAGCUUGUACUAGCUGGAUCUACACUGGAGAUAGGAGCAUAUGAUAUUGAGCGGGGCCGACCUGCAAAAUGCGAACCCAUCACCAUUCCCAUGUGCCAGGGAAUCGGCUACAACUUGACACGGAUGCCCAACUUUAUGAAAUAUGAAAGCCAAGAGGAGGCUAGUAUUAAACUGAAUGAAUUUGCUCCUCUGGUAGAGUAUGGAUGUGAUGUGCACUUGCGAUUUUUCCUAUGCUCUCUGUAUGUACCAAUGUGUGCUGAUCAAGUAUCCACCACUAUUCCAGCAUGCCGCCCUAUGUGUGAACAAGCAAGGCAGAGGUGUUCGCCUAUCAUGGAACAAUUCAGUUUUGGCUGGCCAGAUUCAUUGGAUUGCUCAAAGCUGCCAACCAACAACGACCCUAACGCGCUGUGCAUCGAAGCUCCUGAAAAUGACACUCAACCUGCGACUAAGAAAGGGGAGGGCAUGCUGCCGGUUCCUCCACGGUCCAGGCAACCCGCAACUGGGAUCGGACAUUCCUCAAGCAGCUCAAGGUCCUGUGACAACCCGGAGAAGUUCCAGUAUGUGGAGAAGAGCGAGACCUGCGCGCCUCGUUGCACACCUACAGUGGAUGUCUAUUGGUCUAGACAGGAUAAGGACUUUGCAUUUAUUUGGAUGGUCGUGUGGUCAACGCUUUGCUUCGUUUCCACUGCUUUCACCGUUCUAACCUUCCUCCUCGACCCCCAACGCUUCCAAUACCCCGAGCGCCCCAUCAUCUUCCUCUCCAUGUGUUAUAACGUCUACUCUGUGGCCUUCAUCAUCCGUUCUGUGUCUGGAGCUGAGAAUAUCGCUUGCGAUCGUGAAAAUGGAGAGCUGUACAUAAUCCAAGAGGGUUUGGAGAGCACAGGAUGCACCAUAGUCUUCCUAAUCCUCUACUAUUUUGGCAUGGCCAGCUCUAUCUGGUGGGUCAUUCUCACCCUUACUUGGUUUCUGGCAGCUGGAAGGAAAUGGGGUCAUGAGGCUAUUGAGGCACACAGUAGCUACUUCCAUAUGGCCGCCUGGGGUAUACCUGCCGUUAAGACCAUAGUCAUCCUUACUAUGAGGAAGGUGGCUGGGGAUGAGUUGACAGGACUGUGUUAUGUGGGUAGUAUGGACACUAAUGCGCUCACUGGCUUUGUAUUGAUCCCUCUUUCCUGUUAUCUCAUUGUUGGGACAUCUUUUAUCCUAACUGGCUUUGUGGCACUGUUCCAUAUCCGCAAGAUCAUGAAAACUGGCGGUACCAACACGGAAAAGCUAGAGAAACUCAUGGUUAAGAUUGGAGUCUUCUCCAUACUAUACACCGUGCCUGCUACAGUUGUCAUCAUAUGCUAUUUCUAUGAAAGACUCAACAUGGAAUACUGGAAGUUCCAAGCUUUGGAAAACAAGUGCACUUCUUUUCCUGGUCGAAGAAGCGAGGACUGCUCACUGGACUCCUCGGUGCCUACAGUAGCCGUUUAUAUGCUAAAAAUUUUCAUGUCAUUGGUGGUGGGCAUCACCAGUGGAGUUUGGGUAUGGAGCUCAAAGACGCUGCAAACUUGGCAAGGCUUGUGCAAUCGGAGGUUGGAUGGGAGUACAAGCCACAAGCCCUGCUCCAGUGUCAGCUGCAGUCGCUCCCACUGCCAUUACAAAGCACCAGCUGUGACACUUCACAUGAACAAAACAGAUGUGUAUACAGACAGUCUGACACAUGUUUGAGUCUAAAGGCUGCUGACCUUGGAGCAGCUUCCAUGCAAAGACUUAAAAACUGUUGAGAUGCUCAGGUUGGACAACAGAUCAUGGUUAAACUGACAGUGGUGGCAUUUUAAGCCUUUUCCCAAAACAGAAAACACACAGCCGUGGUCACUUCAAUAUAGCUAUAGGAUGAAUAUAUCUGAACCAGCAAACAUGUAUUGGUGUGUUCUGCUGUUUUGCAGACAGUUUAUUUAUUGUGAAUAUUUAAGUAUUUCUGGUUGUAUAUAUUUUUACUGUAUGUGCUAUACUGUAUAUAAGGACAUAUGUUACAAGAGAGAAGUUUAAAAUUAUUUGCCAGUAUGUUAUAUAUUUCUCAAAAGAGGAGCAAUAAAACAUUUAUUACAAAGGAGUUUUUUUCUCGCUGUUUAGUUUUUUAAUGUCACAGAUUUGUAAUUUGUAACACAUUUGUGAAGGAUACAAAUGUACAUAAAAUGAUGU